UCUGGCUGGGAGGAGAAAGAUGGCAGAGACGGAGGCUCAGUUGCUGGUGGGAGUGGGGCUGAUUGAAAAAGAUACCAAUGGAGAUGCUCUGUGGGUCUGGUGCUAUCCUUCUACAACAAUUGAAUUAAGGGAACUGUUGUUGAGGAAAUGCUGCCUUACAGAUGAAAGCAACCAGCUUCACACUUUUGUAUUUGGUCAGUACAGACUGAUGUGGUUUUAUAUUACAACUAUGGAAGUUCCAGAUGCUUCAGCCUUGAAAAAGGUAACACAUUUUUCUAUUGUCUUGACUACCAAAGACUUUAAUCCAGAGAAAUAUGCAGCCUUCACUAGGAUUCUCUGUAGAAUAUACCUGAAAUAUGGAAAUCCUGUAAAAAUGAUGGAGAGUUAUAUUUCUGUUCUUACAAAGGGAAUCUGCCAGAGUGAAGAAAAUGGCUCUUUUCUUAGCAAAGAUUUUGACGUCAGAAAAGCUUAUCUCGCAGGCUCAAUCAAAGAUAUAAUAUCUCAGUUUGGAAUGGAAACAGUCAUCCUCUAUACUGCACUCAUGUUAAAGAAAAGAAUUGUAGUAUUUCAUCCCCGAAUAGAAGCUGUCCAGGAAUUUACAAGGACGUUACCUGUCUUAGUGUGGCAUCGGCAAGAUUGGUCUAUCCUUCAUUCAUAUGUACAUCUAAAUGAUGAUGAGUUGGAAGCUCUAAAGAUGUGCCCAGGUUACAUUGCUGGAUUUAUAGACUCUGAAGUCAGCAACAGACUAGAUCUCUAUGAUGUUUAUGUGAAUCUGGCUGAAAGUGAAAUCACCAUUUCGCAGAAAGCAAAAGAGGCAAUGACAAUGGGAAAACUGCACAAAGAAAUUGGUCAGUUAAUCGUUCAGUCCGCAGAAGACCCAGACAGAUCAAACAUCCAAGUUGUAAAGGAUAUUUCACUGAAGACAAAGGAAAUCUUGACAAAUCUGGCCUCGUUUACAGAAGUCUUGCCCAAUGAUGAAAAACCAUCACUGAACUUUGAAGCAGUGAAACAGAAGCGAUUUCCACCAGCAACAGAAAAUUUCCUCUAUCAUCUGGCAGCUGCUGAACAAAUGCUUAAGAUUUGAUUAUUUUAAUGAACCUCAGGAUUGAGCUUCAAAAGGAAAUUCUUCCAUAUUAUGAGUAUUCCAUACAUCUUUAAAACGAUCUACACAGGAAAAAUAUCUUUUCCAACUAGGGAUGCUUCAGAGGGAACACACUGGAACUCAAUGGGUGUAGUCCUAGUUUUUCUUUCCCCAACUUAUGAUUUUACAUGAAAUGUGGCAGAUUUUUUAAAAAGAAAAAAAUAUUUAUCCAGGACUAAAAUAUUUUACGCAGGACUAAAAAAGUAAGGACAUGAUUGUUUUGAGCUGAAAGUGUUAUCUGUGCACCGAGAGAAGAAAACAGAUUACAAACUAUUGGAAUCAUAGUAUAAAUAAACAGGGUGCUUUAAAAGUGACACAAAAUUUGAAAUCUAUUACAUUGGUUAAGAUAAAGCUGUUUAAUGUUAAUUGUUUAUAUCCAUCUCUGAAGCUGUGUUCUCAGUUUUCAAGAGAAAGAUAAGGGCUCAAAUCCAUGUUACCUGUAUGUAUAUUAAACUCAUUAGCUUCUGCUUCUAAGGAAAAGCAGCUUCAGGAAGGAGCCAUGUUUAGCAGAGAAGCAUGGGGAAGGGGAAGCUUUCCCAGUGUCUGCUUUUCUGCAGCAAUAUCCUUAGAUGUUUGGGUUCGCAAAGGCAAAUACUCAUUUCAGCCCCUAAAGGACAAAAAUUGCCUAGGAUGUAUUGUUUACUAUCUGUACUCCUGCAUCAAGCUAUUUUUCUGUUGAAAAGUAGCACUCUUAAGCUGCUGCUCACUUAAGGAAACAGCUGUUAAGAACAUAUUUUGGUAUGCACUAUGUAUCAUGGCUCUUAAAUUCUUUAACUCAUAGAAUACAUAUUAAAAACCAAGGGUUUUGCAGAAACUCUGAAAUAACUCUUGGGAGUCUCUGCACUAGCACUUUGCUUUAUGCAAAAGAAUGACAUUUAUUCCACUUAUUCCACCACAAAGAUGGACCUUCACACAUGAAAGCAAUUGUAUAUUUAAGUUAUUUUUUAAAAUGUUAAUUUCUACAGCUUACAUUUUUGAAAUACUAUUCAGUUUAAUCAUUGCUGUGUACUAGCCAUAUUAAUUUGAGAAACCUUUUUUCCUGUAUCAUGGUUAAGGAACCUGUGUUGUGGUUAGAAAAUGGACAGUAAAAAAGAAGAAACGAGUAACUCUAUAAAAAUCGAAUUAACACUAAGACGACUGCAAGCAUGAUCAGUGCUCCCCUAUUGUCAGGGGUGCGUCAUUCAACUUUGUGAAGAACUGUUUCAGUGGCAGUUUAUAUAUGUGUAUAUCUAAAAGCCAACUUACUAUA